GUCGUUGGGGCCGAGCACGCCGCGAGGCGAACUCGGAAGGCUACCCUGGUCGCCAGAGUCGAUGGGGCUCCGAAGCAAAGGUGCAAUCUCCCGCCUUGCCGGAGAAGGCUCCAGCUCAAGAAGAGGACUUUCGCCCUCUUGCCCUAGAGGGCGCGCCUCGGCCAGGAGUAGGCUGCAGCAUCCGACUGCGACGGGGCGGGCUCAUGCCGCAGCUGGGCCUUGGCAGCGGGGGCCUGGAGGGGCGCGAGGGGCGCGAGGCCAUCGCCACGGCGCUGCGUGCAGGCUACCGCCUCAUCGAUACAGCGCUCUACUACAGGACUGAAAAAGAGAUCGCGGCUGGAAUUCGCCUUGCGGGCCUAUCGCGAUCUGACGUCUUCAUCUCAACGAAAGUGCUGCAGAAAGCUCACGCCAGCAAUGACCAGGUCAGGGAGUCCUUGGCGGAGAGCCUGAAAAACUUGGGCACCAACUACGUGGACCUCUACCUUAUCCACAAUCCACGCGCGGGCCGCAUCAAGGAUCUGGACAACAAAAAGAUUGUCCAGCCUUCAGGAACAGUGUACUUCUGA